GAUGUGUAAUAAACCCUGCUGUUAUGAAGUCCUCGGUUCAAACGACAAACGUUCUCCUCUGCGUAAUUUCCAGUCUCCCCUUCUUCUCCGCGUAACUUCAUGGUCGUCCAACCUCUUUUUUUCUGUCUGCUUCCCAGACUUUUUUCAUUUUCCUUUUUUUUCUUUCUCUCUCUCUCUCUUUUUUUUUUUUUUUUUUUUUCAUGUAAGCUAAUAUACAGGCCGGCGCUGCAAUUUCGGAAUCUGCCCUUGUACAUGGCGGACGAGAAAAAUUUCCACAGGAGGAAGAAGAAGAACCGCGACGCGAAGCCCCCGGUGCAAGGCGCAAAACGGAGGGCUCGCACGGACCGAGCGAACCUCGGCGAACCCGUCUCUCAUCACGCCAUUACUCUUUACUAAAAUGUAACGCAGCGCUGUCGCGGAGGAGGGGGGAGAAAAAAACACGUCGUGCUGGAAAUUUUUUUUUUUUUUUUUGAACAUUUGGAAUUUCUCAUAAGUAACUCACAAUUUUUUUUAAUUUUUUUUUCUCCGACGGAGCAGUUGUGCAGUCACCUCUGUUCGGGGAGGGAAGGUUUCUCCGGAGCGAGAGGCUGUUUCGCAUGAGCCGCAUCGUUUUUGGGAGAAGCACAGGCUCAGAGGAGGCGGAGUCAUGAGUGCACAAGAGGCACCCAAUCCUGGGAAGGAGCGUGCGGACAGUGGGAGCGUGGCCGCGGACCGCCCCUCACCAACCGCCGCGACCAAGAAUACUAGUCCAGCACCUGUCACGGUUAAGAAAGAGCCUGGCACCUUGGAGACGAGCAACGGGAAAGUUGGGGAUGCCAACCCUGCUGAGAUCUGUGUUGUAAUUGGGGGAAAUGAUGGCGGAGCAAGCGGAGGUGGAUCCCGUAGAGCUCCGACCGAGGGUAUGUUUGCCCUUGGUACUCCUCCUCCAACGAAGAGCACAGACUCAUGCAUAGGUUCCUAUGUAUGUGGGGUAUGUGGGAAGAAGUACAAGUAUUAUAACUGCUUUCAGACACACGUCAGGGCUCACAGAGAAUCAGAGUCUUUGGUUGCGGACGGUCUUCCCCAGACACCCAACAAUAGCUUCCGUUACUCCUGUGACAUCUGUGGCAAGAAGUAUAAAUACUACAGCUGCUUCCAGGAGCACCGUGACCUGCACGCAGUUGAUGAUCCAUAUGAACAGGUAGUGUUACCUGUGGACGGCCUUAAGGAGGAGGAGCCAGUUGAACCCUAUCAGAAAAUUGGACCAAAAACGGGGAGCUAUGUUUGUGAGUUCUGUGGGAAGCAGUACAAGUACUUCAACCCUUACCAGGAGCAUGUUGCUCUUCACACACCGAUGGGCUCCUUUGACAUGAAGGCAUCGCGGGUACAGGAAUGUGGUAGUAUGGACAUGAGUAAAUUUAGCCACAGCCAAGCUGGUAAGAUAAAAAACAGUCCAUUCAGGCGGAAACUGGAGAGCGCUAUUCAGUCAAGUCUGGUCGACACAAACAGCUCGCAGAACUCAAGCGUCGGUUGGGAUAAAUUGGAAAAAGGAACUCCGAGCCCUCUGGUGGCCAGCUCCUUCUCUACAACACAGAAGAUCCAGUACAGAUCAGGGAUAAUAGAAACUAAACCCUACACUUGUGGUGCCUGUGGCAUCCAGUUCCAGUUCUACAACAACCUGCUGGAGCACAUGCAGUCCCAUGCUGCUGACAAUGAGAACCACACCAAAGGGGAGUCUCCCAAAGCCUCCUCAGCACCAGGUCCUCAGGAGCAGCUGUGGAGAGCUUCUCAGGCUCCAGCACCGGCUCCGGCUCAUCCCUCAGUGAAACUACAAAUCCAGCCUCAGAGUAUCUCCCAGAGAAACCACACACUCAGUCAAAAUAAUGGACUACCUGAGAAGGAGCGACAGCAGGUGGCUGAGCGCCUCUUACGGGUAAUGUGCUCCGAUCUGAGCAUGCUCAACGUGCUGAACAGCAAGGACUUCCUGAAGUUGGCACAAACCCUCGUGGAUACGGGUGCUCGCCACGGUGCCUACUCCACCCGUGAUGCUCUCGGCAACAUGAGUGCCUUGGCACUGCGCCAGUUGCCCCGCAUGUACAACCAGGUCAAAGUCAAGGUCACGUGUGCUCUGGGCUCCAAUUCAUCACUUGGCAUCGCUGUCACCUGCCACUCCCAGACAUCUGGGCCAGACGCCUGCUAUGUGCUGACAGCCUACCAGGUGGAAGGGUCGAGACUCAAGCGCUAUGUGCUCGGCGUGAGGGAGGCUGAGCUGAGGGAAGGGCCCGAUCAGGUUCACCACUGGGUGCAGAAUGUGCUGUCGGAGUUUGUGAUGUCAGACAUUCGCACCGUGUACGUGUCAGAGCCCAGGGUGUGGUCGGCAGGAUUUGCCGGAUCACCUCUGGGUGGCGGUGGCCGGGGGAGGAUAUGCCUGCGAUGCGCGGGGUGCUCGCUCGGUGCAGUCGUCCAGGCCGUUCUUGGGAAGCGCAGUCUCCAGGCUCGAGGUCUUCACGAGUUGUCCGAACUCCUCUCGACGUGCAGGGAAAUCGCAUCCUCCACCACGCUGGUUCUCCGUGAGGAGCAGUGCACCAACACAUCCACAAGCACAGCUGACGAAGGUUCACAAGGUAGCGCCGCACAGUGCCCCACUCCUCCCUGCUGGGAUCGCAUGGCCGAAGCUCUUCUGCAGGUCCACGCCCACUUCGAACAGAUCUGUGAGGCUUACGGACGCAGCAAGUCGACGGCUCCACAGCUCCAAGGUCUCAACAAGCAUCUGCUCGGCACGUUGGCUUGUCUGCUGGCGCCUCUGCGCCUGGCAGCUCUGGAGCUGAGCAGCCAGAGGAGACCAACUCUACAGCAGGUGCUACCCGUCUACCUGCGCUUGGAGAAGUUCUUCACAUCCAAAGCAGGGGAGGCUGGAACAGGCACAGCUAGCAAACUCUGCCACUACUUCCUAGAAGCACUUAAGGAAAAUUUUAAGGUUGAACGAGCUCACCAGGUAGCAAUGGUCCUGGACCCCCAGCUCAAACUGCGUUCAGUGCCGGCCUACCAGCAUGAAGACAUAAUCUCCCGUGCAUGCGAAAUGGCUGCCGAACCCAGGGAUGGCGGUAUGACCGGCGGCGGAGGUUCUGGUGGUGAAGAACGGGACGCCGAUGGCCCACCAACCCCGAAAAUAAGCCGCAUAGAGGGAGCUGGAAGCAAUGGCGGCACCUCGAGGGGAACGUCCUCAUGCACAGUGUCUGGUAAUGAUGAGGGUCAGAGCCAAGUUAGACAAGAGAUUUUUAAGUACCUGGCUGAGCCGCUUCUCCAAGGCACACCUGAGCUCUUCCAGUACUGGAGCUCAGCAGUCGGGGAAAAGUUCCCCAGGCUUGCUCGCCUGGCGCUGUGGCUCCUCGCCGUGCCGGCCGUGGGCAUACGCGGCGAGUGUGUCACUGUGUGCGAGCAGAGCCUGGCCAUGAAGAGGAGGCAGCAGGUAACCACUGAGGAAAUGAACAAACUCAUUUUCCUUCGCUCUAACAUGGGCUAGAAGAGAAAGCCAACCAACCUUUAUCAACCAAGCGUUCCCCUCCAACAAAUGACUCAAGGCUAUUAUUUAUAUACUGUAGGUGUAGACGACCAACUGUAAACUUCAAUGUGUAUGGACGUUAAAUACUUCUUGAGACAAAUAUUUAUAGGAAAACUCACAUUGUAUAGGUUACAAACACCCCAUAAAAUGGCAUAUAACAUAUUUUAAAUGGAGGAAAGGACUGUUGUACUGUGGACAAAAUGUAGGGGUGGAACGUUAACUCUCAAAAGCUUGUCCUGUUUGGUACGCAACCCUCGGUUUGGUAUGCACAUGUGAGCAGGAUGAGUUUUGGUUUUGUCUUGGCCAGUGGUUUCAAUUACUCCAGCCUAACGACUUUACUGCUACAAGGCUACAACGCUGUUAUUCUCACUGGAUGACAACAUUUUCAGGUAAAAAUCAGCUCUCACUGCUUGAAACUACUGUCGUGGACCCUCUGAAAACCAAUCAAAGAGGUGAGCAGUAAAUACGGUGGCAUAUACAGUAUGUUGUAGUUAUCAUUUUCAUUGGCGUAUGACAAAAAAAUAAAUAAAACCAAGUGGUGAAUCUUCACUGCCAUUUGUUUUUCUGACAAUUAAGUAUACAAGUUUUAUGAUUUACUGUUAUAUACCGCUGAAAAUGAUAAAAGUUUCAACACAUUCAGCCACGGGAGAUAUCUGAGCUUAAUCAUUACGGCCAAUUUGGUGGUUGACGCAGUGGUUCUCUUAAUGUAGCUGUAGAUCAUUUGCAUGCUCUGCAUGCAUUUUUCAUCCAGAUGGGUUAAAAAAAACAAACAGCUGAUUAAACAUUAAUUCCGAUAUGAUGCCUUCCUCCUUGUUACAAAUUGUGAAGAAGGCAUGUGAUGUUUUUUGGGGGUUUUUUUUCAAAAAAAUCGUAGGGGUAAAUCCUUCUUAAGCGGUCGUACGCUGCUGGAUAUGCAAGUCAAACCGCUCGACUUUCAGAAGUUAACUUGAAUAAACUUUUUUUGGUUUUUUUUCUUUAGAAAAAAUAUUUAUUUGGUUAAAGACACAAAGAGGGCAGCAUAAUAUCAGAACCUGUUUGUGGUCAGCUUUGACACUGAUCCCAAUCAGCACUUACUACCUUAUUACCUUCGUUGGAUUGCACCAACAUGGAAUUUAAGAAACAUACUGAAGCUUAUAUUAUCCUUCAAAACUUGAUGGUGCAACCCAGCUCGCAUGUCAGUAAAUGUACAGAAACAACAUGUAGGGGCCAUGUUGUCUGGUUCGAUGAUGUUUUCCGGUGCCGGUUAGUUCAGGAAUGCCACAUCAGUCAGUUCUGUGAGAAGACACACCCGCAGUUGUGUGUGUCAGUUGCAGUGAACACAACUACUUCUACAUUGAAGACGCUUUGGUUGUGCAUUUUAAACCGCAGUGAUGUUAUUAACCAUCAGUUUGGUAAGCUUGUAGACGAGGAUUGCAUUCACAGUUUUGUCAAUCCUUGUGUGUUUGCCCACCUAGUAAGCGCGUGUGUAUUCGUUUUCCACAGGAAGGUUAUGAUUCUUAUUUUAUUUAUUGUUCUUUACCCAUUUAUCACUCCAAUACAAACGGUAUCUUCCUUAUGUGAGCUACGCAUUUCCAUUUAUUUUUAAGGCAAUAAGCUUUAUCACAUAGGGCAUAGUUUCUUCACUUUUCUCCAUUAAAAAAUGACUGUUGCCAUGAUGCUCCCACAGUUGUAUUAUUAACAGCACGUUAUUUUCUCAAUGGGAACUUCUCAGGAAUGAGUGCACCCGAGCUGGCACCACCACUUUUUCCUCACUGAACCUAAAAACACACACACACCAAACUGUGACCUCAACGCCGAGGCAUGUACUGAACCGUGACUUUCUGCGAAACGUUCCACCCCAAAUGCAGUAAGUGCCAUUUGCAACAAAUGAAAAAAAUAAUAAUAACAUCACAGGAAAAGAAUCACUGAGGGUCUAUUUUUUUCAGGACUAAACAAAUUCUGUCAGUACAUUCACAAAAGUCACCACAUGCAUACUUAUGAAGUCGAGUUAUUUAUUUUUUUAUGGAUUCUAGAAUACAUUGACGUUAGCUAAUACCUCCUAAAAAUGACUUUGAUGAAUGGAAGUUAUGCUGUUAAAAAUGUUGUUUGUUGCCUCUGGUACUAAUCAGUCAAACACUAGUUUGUCAUUUAUUUUUUUGGGCCUUAAGUCUCUUUCAUGCGACUACCUUAAUCCCCUGAGUCAGAGCCAACGUCAUGCCUUUAUAUUGCUGCUCAAUGGCCUUGUUUUCUCCGUCUUAAAUAAAGCUUUGUAGGUUGUUUCUUUUUGUCGCUCCUGUAGACACCAAGCGACUUCUGGCUGAUGGUGGGGAAACACGCCCUCUAGUGGUCAAAAAGGUGAACUUUUUAAACUGUGGUAUUUGACAAGUGCUUUAUUCCAGUGUUCCCAAGUAAAAAAAAAAAGAAAAAAGGUUGAACUUAUUGAGCAUGUCUGCUUUUAGCAAAUACAAAUCUUAGUUUAUUAAACAGGUCACGAUUCAUUUUAACACACACACAAGCACAAGUUUCCGCUGUAUAAACAUGUAAUGAAAUGACUCAGUAGAACAUCAACAAUGCUUUUUUUAUAUUCUAUAUUUUUUACAGAAGCUAUAUCACCUACUCCUGAUUUAAAUGUUAAAAACACAAUGGUCACACCUUGACAUGUCCUCUUAAUAUCAACAGAAAAGAAAAUUACUGUACAAGUUAUUGUCUUGUUGCCCAGCGUUGCGCUGCUGUAUAACUCCAGGUGUGGUCACGUUUCACUUCUGUCACUCUCCCAUUCGUUUUAAUUGAAGCAAUUUUUUUCACUCUGACCUUGCAGAGGUGCACGGUCGACAAACAAACAAUGAUGCACUGUACCUACAAGUGGAGAAGUGACUUUUCUAUUGUCCUGUUUUGUACAGUAUCACACUAACAGACUACACAACUGCAGCAUUGCCCUCAUGGACUCUUUUACAGUUUAUAAUCACGCCGAGUGUUUAUUUAUCACCCACAGUAGAGUUGUUUUUGUUUAAAAGAGGCUGACGUGACUGUACCUUUUGGGUUAUAAGGUCAUAGGAGCUAAGAAGUCACUGCACUGCAUAAGAGAAAUUAAAGGGCAUCUGAGCGAAUGGUCGAGUUAAAAAGCCAAGGAGAGAUUAGUCUCACUAUAAUGAGAAUUAUUUUUUUUGUCCACCUAAAUACAACUGUGGGUUUUUAUUAUGAUUAAAAUGUGUCAACUCUUAUUAGAAAUGCAUAUAAGGUCAAUUGUAUCAGUCAAUCAGUGGGGAACGGCUCUGCAUUGCGCACAUUUUCACAGUAACAAGUAUGUUUUGUUUUAUUUUAUUUUAUCGACUGUAGCUUUCUUUACCUCCACUGACAACUUUGAUUUACUGAUUCAUACAUGUUUUUCUCACUGAAAUGUUUUUGUUUUUUUCAUUUUGGGCUUGCAAAAGAAAUAAUUAUUAUGUCUGGCUUGAUUGAUUAUGUAACAUUUUUACACGGUUUAUCUGAUUGUCCUCCGGUUUUGUAAGACUUUGGGGAGAACGGCUUGAUUUUACGUGACAUACAUACGUCACGACGUUGUGAUCAUUAGCAUUUCUGAAAUCAAUAUGUAUACUGCUGUUGUCAAACUGAUUCAUGUCACACAUUUAUAUUUUGGUAGACAAAAACAACAACAAUUGCUGUAAAUUCUAUUUUAAAUUUGAUUUUUUUUCUGAUCUGAUGUUUUACCUCAGUACUGAGAAGGUAAUGUUGUAACUUAGUGAUUGGAAAUCAGUUGUUCAUACAUAAAUUAGCUUUGGUCAAGGAAAUAGUCGAAAUACUGUACGUUGGUUUUGCGGUUUUAGCAGUGGUCCUCGAUUGAACUGAUGAAGGGAUUUUUUUUUAUUACAGUUUUUAAAUAAGUAUUUUAAAUAGGAUAUGCUCUGGGACAAAAUGCCAUUGUUGACGUGAUAAUGUCAACUUGAUUUUGCUUAGAAAUAACACUCUUUUUUUGUUGAUUCAAUGAGAAUUAUAUCUAAGAUAUGCAUGCUUUUAAUAAGAGUACUGAUAUAUAAAGUUAUAAGCCAGUGUUUCUCAUCAGAUGGAAAGUGAAUCAUGUUGGCUCUGGGUAGACGUCACCUGACGACGGUCAUUGAGAGUAGGAAAAGCGAACAUUGAUUGAAUUUGACCCUGUCGCGUUGGGAGUAGCGAUGUUGAUCAUGGUAGGGUGUUUAUGGGCUGACAUCAUCCAUUUCCAGAGGAUUUAUUAUGUAAAUACAAGAGAACUGCUGUUUUUAUGCCACAAGGGGGCACCUUCAUUUCAGAGAUACAGUAGGGAGCACCAAUAACAUUAUACCUCUUUUUUCUACAGUAGCAUUUCAAAAGGUUUUGAUAUAAUAGAAAUUAAAAAAGAAAUCAUCUUAGAUACAGUUAUUAGAAAAUUGAAAUCAGCUGUAAGGUUUUUUUUUGUUUCAGGAUUUUAACUUAUUCAGAUGAUAAAAGUUCAUGUGUACAAAUAUGGUAUAAGGAUGCUAACAUGGAGAUCUGUUUUAACUCUGGAUUAUUAUUAUAGUCUGCAUUAUUGAUUCAGGUUAAGAAAUUAGUGUUGCUUUCAUCCUAUUUAACAAGCAUUUCUUCCUUUUAUACUCUGCUAAAAUGCAAAAAAACCCAACGUGUUUGAUUCUAUUAAUUUUUGUCUUUUUUAUCGCACUUUGGCAGCAGAUUCCUGUGUAGAUUCAGAUCUGAGUUGUCUUAUUAGUACGCCUAAUUUAUACUUUUGUAGCAACACUAUUUUUAUAUAAUGGCAAAGAAAGGGUUAAGUGUCUUCUUUUUUUUUUUUUUUCCUGUGUCAUAUAUGGCGGCGCUGUUCAAUGUUUCUUGAAUACAUUACCCACUGUAGUAUGUGAUGUGUGAAUAAACUCCAAAACUGUGUCAAA